AUCACUGAUAUCCUCACAUCCCUUUGCACUAUUUAUAAACUUGGUCAAAGGCAAACAUUACUACCAACAUUAGAAUCUGUAUGGCCUUGUCUUAACUUACUUGAAGAAAAUCAAUUAUUUGUGAAUAAUGCACUUGUUAGAAAAAUGUCUGUUAAAUUGGCUCAAAGGAUUGGUUUACGUUAUCUAAAACCAAAAGUGGCUUCUUGGAGAUAUCAAAGGGGUAGUAGGUCACUUAAAGAUAAUUUGGAAGGAUUCUCAAAAUUAACAACUAUCGAUCCUUCAAAUGUGCACCAAUCUUUGAAAGAUAAAGAUGAGGAUGAAGAUGAAGUACCUGAACAACUAGAAGAGAUCAUAGAAAUUUUAUUGAAUGGUCUACGUAAUAAGGAUACAGUCGUGCGUUGGUCGGCUGCUAAAGGAAUAGGACAAAUCGCACAAAGAUUACCACAAGAACUCGCUGAUGAUGUAAUUGGUUCUUUAUUUGGUUUGUUCUCUGAAAAUACAUAUACACAUAAUGGUGUAUUAGAGUUUUCAGCAGUAUCCGAUCAUACUUGGCAUGGAGUUUGUUUAGCUAUAGCUGAAUUGGCAAGAAGAGGAUUACUAUUACCAGAGAGAUUAUCCCCUGGAUUAAUAAA